AGAACCGUAGUCCGGGUAGUCGGUAGGGCUUUGUAAGACGAGAUUUUUGUUUUGUUUUGUUUUUUGUUUUCAUUUUGAUGAUCACAUAAUAAUAAUAAUAUGAUGUUUCUGAUCACGCAGAGCGACGCCGUUGUCCAGUUGUGGUAUAGAUCGUAACACCCGAGUUCGCCCGAGUGCUGGUACAGUGCGUAUAUGUGCGUGUGUGUUUUAUUUGGCUGGUUGCACACCGGAAGAUGUUGAGAAUUUGAUUUUCGACCAACUCUGUGGUGUGUGAUAACUGAGUAAAAAUCAGCUGUCGUGGUCUUCGGCGAAUAACUCAUCGUAAAAUAGGUAAUACAAUUUUGAAAAUUCGUGUAGUGAUAAAUCAACUAAAAACUAAAUACUAUGAAUUCAAACCAAUACCUAGUCUGAGUUUCAGAUAACGAAUUAGCCGCUAUAAGAAGAUCAUCAUGUCUUUGCCUAAAUUGCCAACCGACUUCCGGAGAGAUGGCUUAGCUCUGAUCACACGCAUGGUCAGAACAAAAGACUUAGAUGACCUCCAGGGUGAAUCGAGCCCAACAGGACGAUUUGAUCCACACCAUCAAACGAAAUUAAAAAAAUGUCUGAACACCAUUGACUUGACCUCUUUGGGUGUCGGCUCUUGUCUGGGGACAGGCAUGUAUGUGGUCACCGGACUGGUUGCUAGGAGGUUUGCCGGCCCCGCGGUCAUCCUCUCGUUUAUUAUAGCCGCCGUAGCGUCACUGUUUUCGGGUGCGUGUUACGCCGAAUUCGGAGUCCGAGUACCAAAUACUUCCGGUUCAGCGUAUAUGUACAGUUACGUCACUGUCGGUGAAUUUAUAGCGUUUCUGAUUGGCUGGAACAUGGUGCUUGAGUAUCUCAUAGGGACAUCGGCAUGCGCGUGUGCCCUGAGUGCGAGCUUGGACUCGCUCACUAACGGUGCCAUUAGUACGUCCGUUCAGAAUUACGUAGGGUUCCUCGGAAAACCGGAUAUUCUCGCCGCGGGCAUCACUCUGUUGAUGAUGGUGCUCCUUGCAGCUGGCGUUAAAAAAAGUUUGAUAUUUAACCAUCUGAUGAACGCAAUCAACUUGGCGGCGUGGGUGUUUCUCAUGAGCGCCGGAUUGUUCUACGUCAAUCUCGAUAAUUGGACUAAGAACGAUGGGUUUCUGCCGAACGGCUGGGGAGGGGUGUUCAAAGGGGCGGCAACUUGUUUUUACGCUUUUAUUGGAUUUGACAUCAUCGCUACCACCGGCGAAGAAGCUCAUAACCCGAAAAAAUCUAUUCCACUGGCUAUCAUGGCUAGUUUGGUUAUUAUACUUGUAGCCUAUGUUAGCUCUUCGAUUAUUCUCACACUUAUAGUACCGUAUACGAAAAUCGACGAAAACGCAGCUCUGCUGGACAUGUUUGUGCAGGUUGGUGCGCCAAGGUGUCAGAUGAUCGUGGCCGCGGGUGCGAUGGCUGGGCUGUUGGUGAGCAUGUUUGGUUCCAUGUUUCCGAUGCCCAGGAUCAUUUAUUCGAUGGCCCAAGACGGUUUACUGUUCAAGUCACUAAGUCAGAUAUUUCCGUUGACCGGUACACCGGUUGUGGCCACCGUGCUGUCCGGCGUGGCGUCCGCGGUAGCCGCUCUCGUCAUCAAUCUGGACACGCUGAUCGAAAUGAUGUCCAUCGGCACGUUGUUCGCCUACACUCUAGUGUCGACGUGCGUGUUGAUACUCCGGUACCAGCCGCAGACGUCCACCGUGAUACACUUCUUCCCGGAGACGAUGCGAUCGCCAAUGAAUGCGCCCAAACAGAUCGUCACCAACGGACGCGUAAACUUUGUAGUGCAGGACGACCAAAAGUACGCGUACACUAACCAGGGGUACGGUAACCAGACGUCGUUCUACCAGACACAGUUGCCGCUGCCGCAACAAAUCAUACCGUCGCACCAGUCGCAGAGAAUCAUGGUCCGAAAGGUGACGAGAAGUUCACCGGAUUCGGAUGACACGUACUUCGGAGACGACUCCGAGGAGGGGCGCGACGAUCAAUACCUGGUUUCGGACAGGUGUGAGAGCAAAUUCUAUGGUUCCGUGCACGGGGGAUCGACCGCCGGAUCGACGGCCGCGGCAGGAGGGUUCAGCGCGGCCAGCGCCAACAUCACUAGAUCCAUUAAGGCGGCCACUUACCUGUGCCCAGCCAUCUUCCCGUGGGUGGACAUGGGACCGGCCACCGAGGAAAGCGGAAUGGUGGUGCUCAAACUGGUCGGCGUGUUCUACGUGCUUAUCAUCGUGUUCGACGUGCUGCUGGUGUUCGUGUCUUCCGAAUCGUCCACUUUCGUCUACAUCCUGUUGUACGCCCUGCUGAUAGCCGUGAUCGCCGUGCUGGGCGCCAUAUCCCGUAAACCUCAGAACAAACAAAUACUCGUAUUCAAAACACCAUGGGUUCCAUUCGUACCGUCAUUCUCAAUUGCUGUCAAUUUAUACUUGAUAUUUCAGCUGAGCUCGAUGACUCUACUCCGGAUCGUCGUAUGGGUUUCAAUUGGUCUAUUCGUCUACUUCUAUUACGGGAUAAAGCACAGCACGUUGGAACCGCGGGUGGACGAGGACGAGAGAAUUGAACUGAAAAUGAAAUCGCAGACGAUGACAAAACCGCAAAAUAAUCGACCACAAGCACCGGCUCCGGUGAAGACUUCCACUAACACCAACACCACCUCCACCUCCAACACCACCUCCACCUCCAACACCACCUCCACCGCCAAAACCACUACCACCAACGCUAGAGUAGCCUCCUCCACCACUGCAACAGUGGUCGAUGAGAAGCCCGAACCGAAGAGGCCGACCAACUUGGAACCGUUACCCGCCAGCAACGACAGUAAUUUGUUUGUGUCACCGUCCGCGUUCCCGAAGUGGGAAGACUAGAUUGACUGACCAAAAAUUUAAGAAAAAUAAAAUAAAAUAAAAUUUAAAAAAAAAUUAACGUUUUGUCGACUCGACACCGAGACUUCAACAAUGUUGCGUGUAAAUAGGGAUGUAAAAAAUAUUAAAAAAAAAAAAAAAAUAUAACUACUUAUUAACUUAUAAUUAUAUUAUUACGGUAACAAAAUCAAUUCUUUGGGCUACCAAAAUGACUAUACUACACUAUAAUAUUAUUAUAUGUUAUUUAUGACACGUGUAAUAUGCGUGAUGUUUUUAAUAUAUUCUAUUACCUAGCUAUUAUUAUUAUUAUAUAAAUUUAUAUUAUAUUAUGAUAUUAUAUAUUUUAACUGUUGAACGUAAAAAAAAAAAAAUGUCCCGCAUUAACGGACGAAUUGGAUCGAAAAGGUUUUGAACGAGCUCAUUCUCAUCACAUCGUCGGGGCUCGUUUAUUGGUAUGCAUUUCGAUAUUAUACUAUUCGAUACGCCGUUAUUUUACUCUUUUUUUUUCUUUGAAUUCACGCCCCCAAACCUCCCCCCGCUAAGACUAACAUUAACUUAACUGCAUCAUAUAUACAUAUAUACCAACAUGCCCUCAUAAUAUAAUCGCGCGUAGGUUCGUUUCAAUAGUGCAUGCAAAACCUAUUACCCACCCUCCGCUCGAUCGUCGUCGUUCUUCGAUUUUUGUUCUUAUAAUAUAGCGGUAUCGAACGAACGACUAGCAUUUAUAUUAUUAUAAUGUAAUAUCCGUCAACCCCCCCCCCCCCCCCACGAGUGAACGCAUAGGUGAAAUUCCCCACGACAAAUGACUGAAAACGAUGUCGGGGUUAUAUACAUUAUAUUAUUAUAAGCGUGAGUUCGAAAACGGUCUCUCUGUCUCUCUGUCUCUCUCUCUAUUUCGUUUAUUUGAGGUCCAAAAAGGGUCCGAAAUGUGCAUUGGCGACGUGCCAUGACUACGCACACACACCGAUGAUCUCCGGUCGAUAUCGAUUUUCAUUCGUUUGCUCGUGAAUUACAAUAAUAAGCAUAUUUAUAAAGUUGACUUUGACGUAGGUAAUGUUGUAUGCGCAUAGGUAUCAUAGUAACUAUUUCGUUUUGACCCACAACAACACGGUUAUGACAUUUUUUUAAAUGCUUUAUUUUGCCGAUUUCCAAAUUAUUUCAGUAAAAUGUCAGUUUUUGGGAAGUAUUCUCAACUAUAUAACUCCGUCUGCCGACUUUACGCGGAAAUAUCUCUGCACACGCCGAAGGUAUAACGAUGUAUUAUUGUUACGCCGCCGUCUCCCUGCAUAUUAUUAUAAUUAUUAUUACUGUGGCCAACCUACACGUUUUAUGACAUGCCCACCCGCCCACCCCCACGACAGACAAAUCGAUAGUGUAAAAUAUUAUUCGACACGUUUAAACAAAAAAAAAAAACCGCCGACGAUUCAAAUGUACUUCGACAAUGGUCGUUUUCGUUUGAUGAGGGAUUUCUAUCUAUACGCACUCGAAGGCGAGAAGUAGGCAGACACGUCUAUAUGCUCAAUAUGAUAUGAGUGAGUGAGUUUGUGUGUGUGUGUGUGAGUGUGUGUGUGUGUGUGUGUGUGUGUGUGUGUGUGAGCAGUUAUUGAUUAAUAUUAAAACGCGAAAACCUUUUAUGUUGUUUAUUAUUUUUAAUUGCUAGACGUACUACUACAGCUCAUAUUUUAUACCAGGUCCCGACACCCGGUUACGUUAUUUCGUCCCUAUAUUCUGUUCGGACGUAGUAUUUUAUUGGAAGGCUGCCUGUUUUGUCGAAAAAAACUAUCUCCCCCUUCGGCCACCACGUCGAACGCAAAUAAGGAAAUGCAGACGGAUUUACGACGUAAUCCAGCGAAAUCGUUUUUUUUUUUUAAAUAGCCAGCGAUUCAUCCCGUAGAUUUGGGCAUAAUAAUAUUAAUUAUAUUAAACUAACAAAUUAUUAUAUUAUUAUGAUUUAUAUAACAAGAUAAAUAUAUAUAUAUAUAAUAUAUUAUAUACAUUUUUAUUAUAUUACUACAUUAUGUUUACCAAACAAUAUUUGUUUGUUUUAUUGUUGUGGCAAGACUGGUUUAAUCGAAUUGUAACGUAAAAUAAUUUGAAAUGUUUUAAAUUUGUUAAAUAAUUAUUAUGUUUAUACUUGAUUGAAUAAUACUAUAAUUAUUGAAGUCCCUUUUUUCAGCGGUCGUCAGCUAUUACAUACAAUAGAAUAGUCGGAAAUCGAGAAAUAAAAUAGUACAUUUUAUUGUGCGAUAAUGAGCGGGAAUAAUACGAGAGAAUGAUAACACCUGAGCUGGAUAAACAGAAAGUGCACUUAAAUAUUGUCCGGGAGGUCGACCAUGAAGACCACACCCAUCGCACGCGGUUUGGACCAUAUUUCGAGUCACCGUGAGAAUAGUUUCGGCUUGUCUGCUGGCGACCAAAUUUUAAUAAUACAU